AUGGAAAGAAAAGGGGAAAAUGCUUUAUCAGAAACUGGGAAUAGGACACAGAGAAAGUUAAAAGGUAGGAAUGGCAGAAAUUACAAUUUACUUUUUUUCUGUCAUACUUUCUGUCUCUUGAUCUGUUUCACCUGUUAUCUCUCAUACUUUCUCUCUCUCUCUGCCACUCUCUCUAUCUAUCUGUCUAUCUAUCUCAGGUGUCCAUAUCUAUCUAUCUAUCUAUCUAUCUAUCUAUCUAUCUAUCUCAGGUGUCCAUAUCUAUCUAUCUAUCUAUCUAUCUAUCUAUCUAUCUAUCUAUCUAUCUAUCUAUCUAUCUCAGGUGUCCAUAUCUAUCUAUCUAUCUAUCUAUCUAUCUAUCUAUCUAUCUAUCUAUCUGUUUCUUCAUUAUAUAUCUAUCUCAGAAUGUUCAUUAUCUAUCUAUCUAUCUAUCUAUCUAUCUAUCUAUCUAUCUAUCUAUCUAUCUAUCUAUCUAUCUAUCUAUCUAUAUUUUUCUCUCUCUCUCUCUCUCUUUCUAUUUCUCUUGCACCCUCUCUUUUUACUCUAUCUUACUUUCUUUCGAUAUAUCUCUCCGUCUACUUUGCUCUUUCUCUUUCUACACUAUCAUACUUUCUUUCUGUUUAUCGAUUACCCCCAUUAUCUCUCUUAGAUGCCUCCCUCACUCUCUCUCUCUCUCUCUCUCUCUCUCUCUCUCUCAUUAAAGAUAUCUUUCUAUAUCUCUCGUUAAAUUACUCUUAUUUACUACCCACUUUCCCCCUCUUUUAUUUAUCUAUCGAUAUCUUUCUUGUACUCUCUCUUUUUACCCUAUCUUUCUUUCUAAAACUCUCUCUCUCUCUACAGAUAUAUUUUUACAUCUUACAUUCUCUCUGUCUCCUGCUCUUUCCCUUUCUCUCUGUCACCUUUCUUUCUCUUUCUACUUCUCCCUCUCUAUCUCUCUUGCAAUCUCCCUUUUUACUAUAUUUUACUUUCUUUCUGUUUAUCAAUUACUCCUUUAUAUUACCUGACCCCCCCCCGCUCUCUCUCUCAUUAAAGAUAUAUUUCUAUAUCUCACUUAAUUUUUACUACCCUCCUACUUCCCCUUUCUCUCUUCAACUAAUCUCUCUCCCUCUCCCUCUUACUAGAUCAAUAUAUCUCUAUCUUUCUUGCAUUCUCUCUUUUUACUCAUUCUUUCUUUCUGUUUAUCGAUGA